CGUCAACUGGCAUCUUCCGAAUAAGGAUGCAAGCUGAUGGAAAUCUUGUCAUGUACCCCAAUGAUGCUGGCAGCCCUGCUAAUUCUUACUGGAAAUCUGACACUUAUGGAGCAGGGAACACCGCCACGCUCAAUCUUGCGGGCGGUGGCCUUCUCUACCUCAUGAAUGGCACUGGUCAAUAUUUGAAAAAUUUUACUAAUAGAAGCUACACGACCCAAGAUAUGGUAUAUCGUGCACGAAUCGAUCCCGAUGGGAUUUUCCGUUUGUACUCUUAUAACACGACAGAGAAAGGAAACUGGUCGACUGUGUGGUCGACCACAGAUGACAAGUGCGCCCCCACGGGCUUAUGUGGCUUCAAUGCCUUCUGCAACAAUGACGGCCGAGUUGCUAAAUGCCAUUGCCUUCCAGGAUUCGACUUUGUGCGACCCGGUAAUGAGACGUCCGGUUGCGAGAGGAAUUUUACAGCGGAGAGCUGCAAGGCAACGGACGCACCUGCCAGUUACACCAUUUCAAUGGUUGCCAACGUUGAAUGGCCAGAUAAUAUUUCCUACUCGGUUGUGGCCGUGCAAUCCGAGAAUGAUUGUCGAACGGAGUGUCUGCAGGACUGCAACUGUGAAGCUGCAUUUUACCAAGUCGGGUCCUGCAGUAAACAGAGGCUCCCUUUAAGAUAUGGCAGAAUGAAUCUCGGAUCAUCCAAUGCAGUUCUUGUCAAGGUAGGACAAGUGACACCCGGUAAAGGGAGCGACACCCAAGAGGAACGAAGAAAAGAACGUGUCCGUGUAGACAUUUUGGCAGUAAGUCUAUCACUCAUGGCUAUUGCACUAGUGAUUAUCAUAGCCUGCGGGAUCCUUCUUUACAGGAACCGUGUUUGGUUGUACAAAAACAUUCCGACCGACUGCACCAAUGGUAUGAUCGAGGAUGUUGCACCUAGGUCAUUUACGUACGAUGAGCUCAAAAAGGUGACUGGAGAUUUUAGAGAAGUGAUAGGGAAAGGAGCCUUUGGGAUAGUUUAUAGAGGAACCAUGUCAACUGGACAAGCUAUUGCCGUUAAGAGACUUGAACAAGUGUCCACUGACAGGGAAAGAGAGUUCCGCACAGAGAUGCUAAUCAUCGGGCGGACCCAUCAUCGGAACCUCGUCCGCCUUCUCGGUUAUAGCCUCGACACAUCCAACAAGGUUCUGGUGUACGAGUACAUGAGCAACGGGUCACUUGCGGAUCUUCUCUUUGCACCUGAGAAGCUUCUCUGUUGGGAAGGGAAGAUGGGAAUAGUGCGAAACAUAGCACGGGGUCUGCUCUACCUCCACGAGGAGUGUGAAACGCAGAUUAUCCACUGCGACAUAAAGCCUGGAAACAUACUCAUUGAUGAAAACCGACGAGCGAAGAUAUCCGACUUUGGGCUGUCAAAGCUGCUGAAGCCAGAUCAGACCAACACCUUCACAGGGAUCCGAGGGACCAGGGGCUACGUCGCGCCAGAAUGGCACAAGAACCUGCCUAUCACAGCAAAGGCUGAUGUCUACAGCUUCGGAAUUGUACUGCUGGAAAUCAUAUGCAGCCGGAGGAACAUUGAGCAGAGCCUUCCUGAAGAAGAGAUGAUCCUUGAGAACUGGGUCUACGACUGCUUCCAGGCGGGCGAGCUGAAUAGGUUAGUCGAUGAAGAAGAGGGUGUAGACAGGAGACAGCUCGAUAGGAUGGUUAAGGUUGCUAUUUGGUGCACCCUUGAAGAGCCUUCGCUUCGCCCGUCGAUGAGGAAGGUUCUGCUGAUGCUCGAAGGCACCGUAGACAUACCCUCUCCUCCUUGUCCCACUUCGUUCAUCAGUUGCAUAUGAAGCUGAGAUGAUCUUGAGGUAGUGAGCAGCUCAUCCCCACAUAAGAUAUUUUCCAGAAUUUUUCUACUCUUUUGAUUUAGAUCAGUAUCAGCUCUACUUUGAUUUUAUAAUUUCUUUUUGAUGUUGCUGCUAUUUGAGGCCUCCUAAUAACAAGUUGA